GGUGGGGUGGACCGCGGACCGCAGUACUCGGAACAUGUCCGCAGCGGUCGGGUUGUUCGCGAUAGCGGGGUGCGCCGUCGUAGCUACCUUACUUACGGAUUUCCUAUGGGCGAUUUUGCUCGGUGUGCGUGCCCAUCUUCUUCCAAAACUUCAUUAUUUCUCGAUUGAUCUCAAGGAAAAAUACGGAUCAUGGGCAGUGGUAACGGGGUCCACGGACGGCAUCGGAAGAGCCUACGCCAUGGAAUUGGCCAAAAGAGGCAUCAACAUAGUUUUGAUCUCUCGAACACACGACAAACUAAUCAAAGUCGCUGCUCAAAUAGAGAGUUUGUAUGGAGUCAAUACCAAGAUUAUUGCAGUAGACUUCAGCAAAGGACAAUUCGUCUUCGACAUAAUUGAGAAAGAACUCAAGGAUAUACCAGUUGGUAUUUUAGUGAACAACGUCGGUAAGCAAUAUUCCUAUCCAAUGUACCUGACGGAGGUUCCAGAGCAGGAAUUGUGGGACAUAGUCAACAUCAACAUCGGAGCCGCAACCUUCAUGACAAGACUGAUUCUUCCUCAGAUGAAGUUGAGAGGUCGAGGAGCUAUCGUAAACGUUUCAUCAAGCUCGGAAUUGCAACCUCUUCCACUCAUGACUGUGUAUGCUGCUUCCAAGGUAUAUCUGAAAAGCUUUUCAGAAGCUUUGAGAGUCGAAUACCAAGGAGAUGGCAUAACCAUACAGCAUUUGUCACCGCUGUUCAUCAAUACAAAGAUGAAUGCGUUCAGCUACAGACUGCAGACUAGCAGUGUCUUUGUACCAGAUGCAGAAACAUAUGCGCAGAAUGCUGUCAAUACAUUAGGAAUCAUUAACCACUCGACAGGUUAUUGGGCACAUGGGAUUCAGUAUUUCUUUACCAUGGUUCCUCCCAAAUGGAUUCGCACUUACAUUGGAAACCACAUGAACAAAGUGUUCAGAAGAGAUUACAUGAUUGGCAGGGGUUCAAAACUACCUGUUAUAUAACUUGAACAGGUUAUGCAUUUAGUUAAUAGCUUUACAGAUUUAUAGAUAUAAGACUAAAAGUGUUGAACAUAUUUUAUUAAAUAAUAUUUUGUAGUA